AUGGUCCGCUACGCUGCUCAGGACAUUCCGGCCGCGAAGAGCGCCCGCGCCCGGGGCUCUUAUCUGCGAGUGUCUUUCAAGAAUACUCGUGAAGUUGCUCAUAGUAUCAGCGGUAUGAAGCUACAGAGGGCCCUCACUUUCCUCGACAAUGUCUCGAACAAGGCCGAGGCUGUCCCCAUGCGGAGGUACGCUGGCAGCACUGGCCGCUGCGCUCAGGGCAAGCAGUGGGGUGUCAGCAAGGCCCGCUGGCCCAUCAAGUCCGCCCAGUUCCUCACUGACCUCCUGAAGAACGCCGAGGCCAACGCCGACACCAAGGGUCUCGAUACUGGCAACCUCAUUGUCAAGCACAUCCAGGUCAACCAGGCUCCCAAGGGCCGCAGACGUACCUACCGUGCCCACGGUCGUAUCAACCCCUACAUGACCAACCCCUGCCACAUCGAGCUGAUCCUCACUGAGGGCGAGGAGGUCGUCCAGAAGGGUCCCGUUGCCAAGCAGGAAGUCCGCCUCAGCUCCCGUCAGCGUGGUGCUGAGAUCCGCCGUGCCAUCCAGGCAUAA